GUAAUAGACGAGGGAGGUCGUCAAAGUAAGCGUAGCAGCAAAGGCAGAAGUAAAAGCAUAAGCAUAAGCAUGUGCAAAAGCAAAAGCAAAAGUAUAAGCAGUAAGCAAUAGGCAGAAGCACACAACGAUGAGUAUAAUAGAAAUAGCAAGAGCCUAAUCAGUUAGUCGAUAGACAAAUUGGGUUAGCGUUUGCGACCAUGGGUGGCAGCUUUAGUGAAACCUCGAGGAAGAAGAGUCAAGUGGCGACUGUCGUGAUUUAAAUAACUUUAGAUUAUUAUAUUUAAUAUUGCAUUGUAUAGAGAAUAAAUGAUUUAGAAGAAGAUAAUAAAUAGAGACAGACGGACAGACUGAAGAAAGAAAUAAAUAAAUAGCUAUAUAUUGUCUUUUGCUGUCUUUCUUUUACUCACAUUAAUACUCACACUUACACCUGAACUCAGACUAGGAAAUAAGUAUCAGUCUGGCGCGUUCCAGUUAUUAUUUGUUUAUCAGUAUUGAAUACUGUAAACAAUUAAAGUUUUUCAAGUGGAGAAUGAAAAUUAAACGACCCAGAUGAAACGGACGUGUCUUUAUUGUUAUUAUUACUAUUGUAAAAGUUUAUUAUUUUUUUCCCGAGAUAGUAAAGUUAAGAGCACGAGUUUAGAUACUAAUUAUUCUUACAAUUACUGUUUUUUAAUUAUUUACUGAUAUUAUCGAGGCGACGUAAUCGCCGUGGUUUCAUAAAUUAUUCGUAUGUGUCAACGAAGCCGGGACCCUGUGGUCGACGAUUUGGAAAGCCUAUUGGGGUAUGACGAGGUACUAUCUGAUGAUAAUUUGCUGUCUCUACACCAUCGUAGAUAUGGGAUCUCUACAUUUUUCUCCCGUCAUACUCCCCAACUGUUGGAGUUUCAGCGAGAAAAUAUGCGAACCGGUUCUUUCAACGGAGGUAGAGGGCUGGCAUAUUAAAGUCAAUAGUCUAACGUCCCGCACGAUUCGACUGUCCGCAAGAAAGCGCGGGUACAGAUUUUUUCCCAAGAUCGAAAGAGGAGUGGAAGUAGAGGACUACGGCAGAAAAGAGGCUUCCCUAUCGCUCAGGGAUAUUCUUCCUUUGAAUCCGAAGCAAUAUGACAAGCACAGGGCGCCAAAGUUCUAUGGGCAACCCACCAUGGUCUACUUUCACGUCACUGUUCUCAGUCUCGAUUCAAUAAAUGAAGAAUCGAUGACAUAUGUAGCUGACAUAUUCUUAGCUCAAAGCUGGAGGGAUUCAAGGCUAAGGUUACCAGAGAAUAUGUCAGAAGAAUACAGAAUACUGGACGUCGAUUGGCUCCAUAACAUAUGGCGCCCUGACUGUUUCUUCAAAAAUGCAAAGAAAGUUACUUUUCACGAGAUGUCGAUACCAAAUCACUAUCUCUGGCUUUAUCAUGACAAGACUUUGCUCUACAUGUCCAAACUUACACUGGUUCUCUCGUGCGCAAUGAAAUUUGAAUCUUAUCCUCAUGACACUCAGAUUUGUUCGAUGAUGAUAGAGAGCCUUUCGCACACGACCCAGGACUUAGUUUUCAUCUGGAACAUAACGGAUCCGCUGGUUGUGAAUCCUGAUAUUGAACUGCCGCAAUUGGACAUUGCAAAUAAUUAUACAACCGACUGCACAAUCGAAUAUUCAACUGGCAAUUUUACUUGCAUUCAAAUAGUAUUCAAUUUGCGACGUAGACUUGGUUAUCAUUUAUUCCAUACGUACAUACCUUCAGCGCUAAUUGUCGUCAUGUCCUGGAUUGCUUUUUGGAUAAAGCCUGAAGCUAUUCCUGCACGGGUCACUCUAGGUGUUACAUCUCUUCUCACUCUAGCAACUCAAAAUACUCAGUCCCAACAAUCAUUACCACCAGUCUCAUACGUAAAAGCCAUCGAUAUAUGGAUGUCGUCAUGUAGCGUCUUCGUAUUUCUCUCUCUUAUGGAAUUCGCAGUCGUAAAUAAUUACAUGGGUCCUGUUGCUACCAAAGCAAUGAAAGGAUACUCUGACGAAGACCUGAGAGAAUCAAUAGAUGAAUUUAAGACUCCAAUGAGGCCAGAAUCGAGAAAUCGAAGUCCAGUGAGGCCACUUAGUGUCCAGUACGACACUUGCUGUCAAGGAAGAGCGACAGCCAUUUUAAUAGAUAAAUUUUCAAGAUUUUUUUUUCCUUUUUCAUUCGCUAUUCUCAAUGUCGUAUACUGGAGUACUUUCCUUUAAUUUUUUCUUUCUUAAUUGAAAACAAAAAUAAUAAACAAAUAAACAAUAAUAAUAAUAAACAACAUCUCAACGUCAGAGAUGGAGUACAAUAAAUUACUCUAGAGUUUUAUAUAGACCCGUGUAAAAAAAAUUCGUUACAAAAAUGUUCCAAAAACAGUUCUGACAGUUAACUUCCGAAAUUGAGACAAUUCUGAACUUUGAGUUGAAUAUUUUCGGUACUUUAUAAAUAAUUACAGGUGUGAAAAAUUUUCAAUUACAGUAAAACCUGGUUAUAAGUUACUGUUAGGGGCUGCAGAAGAGAAAUUUCUCGGAAAUGGCUUUCUCUUACUUCUAUCUUUUACUCGGCAAUCGCUCGGUUUUCUGCAUAUGUGAGCGUCGUAUUUGUGUUUGUGCCCGCAGUCCUUUUAUAAAUUAGUUGACGUUUGUUAUUUAUCUACGUACAUAUUUUAUUAACAUAAAAGGACUGCAGAAACAAUCUCCUCCACGACAGUCGAAAAACUUCAUUAGUGAAACUGGAGUUCGGGUACCAUUUUGAGACGAGCGAAAAAGAAUAGAGGAGAAGUAACUUAUAGCCGAGUAACUUAUGACCAGGUUGUACUGCAAUGUGGACUUUCCUUGUGUUUUUUUUUUAAUUUUUUAAGAAAAUUGAUUUGAAUUAACAAUUUUGUGAGUUCAUAAAAAGUUUAGAAUUUGUUUUAAUCACUCAUUUUUUGGACUAUUUUUGAACGAGUACGAAAAGUCAAAAAGAACUGACUUUACCAAAAAGUUCUAAUAAAAGUCCAAAAAUGUUCAUAAAUAUUUUUAUUUUUUUUUGUUUGCCUCAUGACUGAUAAUUUUGAUAAGAUUCAAAAAUGUUCAAAUUUCUAAAUUAAUCCCGGGUCAUAAUAUCUAGCCUCAAUCUUGCCUCAUCGAACCCAAGUCAGCCUCACUGAGUAAAAAAAGCAUUUUGAGCCUCGAAUGAUGUUCAAAAAGCCUCAAUGAGCCUCCAAAGAUGCACAUAGAUCCUCAAUAAGCCUCGAUGAGCCUCAAAUGAACUUAGUCUCGACUAUGUAAUUUAAAUUCGAUUAGUAUUAUUUGAGGCUUUUUGAUCACCAUUUGAGGCUCAUUGAGACUUUUUGAACAUCAUUUGAGGCUCAAAAUGCUUUUUUUACUCAGUGAGGCUGACUUGGGUUCGAUGAGGCGAGAUUGAGGCUGGAUAUUAUGACCCGGGAUUUCUUUCUUUUUUUAAAGUUCAUCGAACCCAAUAGUCAAAUUAUUUAGGCUCAGAAAAAAAAAAAAAAAAAAACCAUGACGCAGGAACAGCCUUCGCCAGUUGAAAAUUUUUCACUUUCAAAUUUUUUUAAAGUUCCAAAAAUAAAGUUCACAAUUGUCUCAAUUUUGGAAGUUCUGUCAUGAACGUUUUCGGAACAUUUUUGGAACGAUUUUUUUAUUGCACGGGGAUCUCAAAAAAAAUAAUUAUCUAUUUAAAUACAAAACUAAAUAAUUGUAUUACUGAUACUUAAGACGUAGAAAAAUAAAAUGUUGUUUUGAACAGCAUUAAUUUAUUAUUUAUUAUUUAUAAUAAUUAUUUAUACAUUCCUUACCUUGAUAAUUAACAAAUAAAUAAAUGGGACAGGUUAAAAUAAAUAUUAAUAAAACAGCGAUAACGUGAAU